AUGUGUUACAGCAAAGAAAAAGAUAUACUGGAUGUCAGGAAAUUCUUUGUCGAAGAUGAACGCGCCAAUAUCGCCAUGAGAUCUUGUAAGAAAACACAAAUGACCGAUAGCUCUAAAAUUCCCGAGCCCGUGGCAGUUGCUAAUUUGUGCGCUUUGGCUGGCGGUCCGAUGAAAAGAGGAGCUGGGUUCAACGGUAGAGCAGGCCAGGGGGUUGUCGGCAAACAUCGACGCGGAGCCCGAAAAGAGAAAGACCGCGUCGAGACCAUUCUGAGCAUCGCCAACGGACGUCAUCCCCGCAACCCAAAAGCUGACAACGGAAUCGCUUCAAAUCGGGGGGAAUGGACCGAAUUACGACAUAAAAUUAUCUUCGAUUGGCCGGGUUCUAUGGAAAUACUUUUUACCUACAGCAACCUAGAAGCGGUUGCGAAACGACGACUUAUUCCAUUUGUAUUGGCGAUAAUUGGAUUUUCGAUCCUCGUGUUCCUGAUCGAAGAAUACGUCGAGGACAACGAUUACGAUGGCGAUUUUUCACUGCGCGUGCCAAUUCAAAACCCAGCUGAACAAGGGCCAAUACCGUCCCCAGCAUCUGUUGACGAAUGCUACAAAUACGAGUCAUUUGUAAUCCUUGACAAAUGCCUGCCCUGUACUGACUUUGAAGCGAAGGCUAUAAAAACAAAACAUUGCAUUCGAACCGGUUUCUACGAUCGAAUUAAUUGUACCAAAUCCAACCAUGUCGCCUUGAAGCCAUGCUUAAAAGUUAAUACAACACCAUUCUUCUACAAGUUUGUCACCUUCAACGGCAUCCUCACAUUACUUUCAUUUUUUGUGGCCUUGAAGAGAAGGGAAUAUUUGGAUAGCCGAGCCUACCAUCGAGUCCAGCAGCAAUUCGCU